AUGCAUGGCCAUGAGAAGAAAAUCGUAAAGGAAGUUCUUUCCCAUAAAAGAUCAAUCCACAUGCUAUACAAAGGCAUACGCCUAGGCAUAAUUCUCAAAAACAUCGCAUACAAAUCAGAAGAAACCCUUGUUAUAAUAGGGUGCACCCAGCAGUACAUCAAGAAAUUGCAGAAUUCAAUGCAAGAAGCUUUAAAAAACACAAAAACGCAAAGAAAAGUUAAAAUACCCCGAGAAAUAACCAUAAAAACAACCAGCGCCCAAAGAAAGCGAAUCUACAACGAGCCUGGAACUGUUUUUGUGAACGAACACAUUUUCCUGCUGGAUAUUCUGAAGGAUAAUAUUCAGGUUAGUUCUGGACUGAUUCGGGUUGUAUACGCAGUUGCAGAGAGAUUCCUGCCCUGUACAAAGACAAUGAUGGAUUUUAUUCUUUUCGGGUUCAACGGCCCUAUAAAUAUACUAUUUGAAUGGGCUGCAAAUAAAUCAUUCGCAGAUAUUGCCAUGAAAGGAUAUUUUCCUGCAUCUGGGGUGUUCUUAUACCCUGCCUUCAGAAAGUCUGUCAUCAAAGCAUUUGGGGAUCUUGAAGUAAAUGAAAUAACCAUUCCCAUAGACCCGCACAGAAGACAGAUCCAAACAGAGCUAAUGGAGCUAGCCAGAAAGGUAAAGAACAUUGGUAAUAACUCAGGCUUUCGGGAGUACAUCCUAAAAACAGUUGCAUCCUUGGAGUUCGGAUUAUUUCUCCUGCAUAAUUCCCCAAUUGAAAGAUUCUUGCAGUAUAUUCGGGAUAUUUCAGAUAUUUCGCAUGUGAUGAACCAAUUAGUGAAACUGUACGGAAUUCCAGAUACAAUCCACUCCAGAACAGUGGUCUACCAGCACAUCCUGGCAUGGCUUAAUUUACCAGAAAUUGAAAUAAUACUGGAGCUGUCCCAGGAAAUAUCCAAAGAAGAAAAAGCCUUCCCAAAGAAAGCACUUUUACAGAAAAUAUCAGAAGAAGACGCACUAAUCUUCGUAGACCAGCCAGAAAUAACCAGAAACCAGGAAAUAGACCCCAGAGAGUGCUAUGGCCUGGAUUCUGUGCCAGGCAGAAUAUGCUCCAGCCAGAAACUUAUUUCAUCAAUUCACACGCAUCUAAGCAAGCAAGGCAUACAAGCAAAAAAGAGGGAAAAAAUCACUGAAACCAGAAAUAACCCAAAAAUAACUAAAAUCAUCCUAAUGAACCACUCCCUGGGCUUCUUAAGAAAGGUAAAUAUGUGCCGUGAGAGAUGGAAUAAAAAAGGAGUAGAAUUUUCAGUGACAAUUAUAAACUUAAGAGACUCCUCAGAGGAACUUAAUUAUCUGCAGGAAAUUGCAGCAGAAAAAGACGCAUUCCUGUAUGGAAUAGGCUUCAAGCAAAAUAGGCCAGAAGCAAUAGACAAAAAUCUUUACACAAAGGAGCCAAAUAACCCAAAUGCACCCCUUCUGGAGAUAGACAUAAGAGAACUAAGAAGCUCCCUGCCCCUCUAUUUAGCACAAAAAUUCAACAGUCAAUUUCGCUUGGAAUUUAAACAGCUCCCAGUGGGUGACUACAUUUUAAACAAAUCCUACUACAUAGAAAGAAAAAGGAUUGAUGACUUUGCAGGGUCCUUGAACAAUGGGAGACUCAUGAAGCAACUGCAGGCACUAGAUUACAUCCGGGGGUCAGGCUAUUUAUUAAUUGAAUUUCCAACAGAAACAAAAAUAAGCUUUAUGAGCUAUACAAAUAGGCUGCAGCAGAUAGAUUUAACAAGCAAAAUUAUCACGCUCCUAGAAACCAUGAAAACAACGUACAUAUUUUACUCUUCAACGGAGAGACACUCCAGUGCCCUAAUAAAUGCACUUGCACGCAAGCCAGCAACUGAAAUAACUUCGCACAAGGCGCAGUCACCUGCUGUAAUUGAGGCACUUAUUUCUGUGCCUGGUGUAAAUAAUGACAACGUCAGUAUAAUAUUCAAGAGAUUUCAGUCAAUGCAUGAUUUAAUAACUGCAUCAAAGGAAAGACUAAUUAGUGCACUUGGGGAAGUGCAUGGGACCCGGGUCUACGAGUUCUUUGGGGCGUGA